AGGCGGAAUAAGCAGAAAGUCUGAACUAGCUUUCAAAGCGCGAGGACAGACGGGAGCUAAUAUAAACGUGCUGCCCUUCACUCGGGGCUAUCAGGGGCUAAAGAAAACAGCGCUACCUCCGGCUGACCUCCACAGCUUCAAAGAGAAGAGCGGGGCGCGCGGAGCUCCAGCUCAUGUAGAGGCGGCACGCGGCCAUGGCCACGCUGGAGGGCUGCCGCUGCCGAGGCGCGAGCGGCAGAAACAACAACAGCAUCCUCUACAGCAUUCUGAAGAGUGACAACCUCGCCACCGCGGAGGAGCAGCAGCAGCAGCAGCAGCAGCAACAACCCCAACAGCGGCAGCAGCAACUGCAACAUCUGUUCCACAAGUCCUCCACUUCCUCCUCCGCCACCACCGCCCCAGCCUCCCUGCACGAGCUUAGACAGCAGGCGUGCUCGUGCGGCUCCACGCGGCGCCGGGGCGUCCUUCGCUUCCCGCAGGUGACGUGCAAAGCCGCCUCGGCUGUUCUGGUGAAGACGCUGCGGUUCGUGAAAAACGUCCCGUGUUUCCGGGAGCUGCCGGAGGACGACCAGCUGAUGUUGAUACGCAGCGGGUGGGCGCCUCUGCUCGUGCUGGGGCUCGCUCAAGACCGCGUGGACUUUGAGACGACGGAGACGGUGGAGCCCAGCAUGCUGCAGCGCAUCCUCACGGGUGUACCGGACAGGCAGAGCGAGGUGCCCGCCGGGCAGAGCAGGGGGGCGGUCGGGGUGUCUGUGGUGGAUAUCGAGGCUAUCAAAGCGUUUCUGAAGAAGUGCUGGAGUGUUGAUAUCAGUACGAAGGAGUAUGCUUACCUGAAAGGAGCUGUGCUCUUCAACCCAGAUGUUGAAGGUCUGCGCUGCCUCCACUACAUCCAGUCCCUGCGUCGCGAGGCUCACCAGGCUCUGAACGAGCACGUGAGGCUGAUCCACCGCGAGGACACGACGCGCUUCGCCAAGCUCCUCAUAGCUCUGUCCAUGCUGAGGGCCAUCAGCCCGCUGGUGGUCGCCCAGCUCUUCUUCAGACCCGUUAUAGGGACCGUCAACAUUGAGGAGGUUCUCAUGGAGAUGUUCUACGGGAAGUAGGUCACUGUCCAUGUGCGUGAACUGGGUCGAAUUCAGCAGAUGGAAGCUGCAGGAUGAACUGAAAUGCUCCUUCUUUGUGGGUAGAGCAUGGGGGCAGAUGAGGAUAUUAGGGACUGCAUUUACAACUACUGUUUGAGUAGAUGGUCUUCAAGGACUGUGACCAGCCCAGUGCGUGCGUGUAUGUAUGAGAGAAAGAAAGAGUGUGUUGAAGGUUGAGAUGUUUAAAUGAGGAAAAAACAAAGCAGCUGCUGGAAUUCAUAACUUAUUGUUUUUCUAUAAAAUAUUUUUCUAUAAUAAAGGAUGCUCUCCAAACUUUC